AUGGCAGGGCAUUGUUGCAAAUUUUUUCCAGAGGCUAAACUGCCCCCAAUCGGAUCUCCGGGGGGGCACAAUAAUGCGUCCGUCGUGCGGCGAAGUCUGUGCAUCGCUUCCCAGCUUGCCAGAACAUCAUCUCCAGCGACUACAUCGAGGGACCCAAGGAGGGUGGUUCCCUCAAGGGUUCGUAGUCGCCCGCCGUGCGCCGGGGUACUGCCCUCCCGACGAAAGAAAGGUUCCAGCCUUCGUGCUGUGCCACGAGGACGUCGCAGACAACGCGGAAUUGACUGCGCAGCCGAGCCAGCCAACGCCGGGAUCUUCAAGACCAUCAACCGGUGGAAAAUGGAUACUGCCAGAGCUUUUGGAGAUAACUUGCACGAAGGAUCGUCUGCUAGCCUUCCGAGUGAAAAGGACCUGGUGAAAAUUGGAUCGAGGAAGAAGUUUGGAAUUAUUGAAUCGUCGCACGGCGAUGUCGUCCAGGCUUCCGCUUCGCGCAAAAGGUGUUACGAUUACGUCGCUAAACCGGAAGAGACCGGAAUUCCAACUUUUGAUAAUCCUUCGGAUAUGGUUAAACGGCGAAGAGGAUGUGGUUCUCUCUCAACCCCAAUGACUCGGGAUGGCUCCCUUCUGGAGGAAUCCUCUGCUUCUUGCCACGUGACAUCAAACCUCGUCCAUAUAAUAAUGGAAAAUACGGACUUUACUCGUGGCAAGGGCCUGGGUAAGAAAAAUCAUGGUAUCAGUGAGUCCAUUCAGGCUUCCUUGCAUAAGGUUAGACGAGGUUUGGGUCAUAGUAAUCAAGCUCUUAUCAAAGCCAUUGGGAAAUGGGAUCCAUCCCAAGAAAUCAUAAGCGUUAGGGAAAAAAUCUACUGGUUGAGGAAUGAUCAGGAACCACCAAUCGCAGAGGAUUUCAGGGGUUGGAUGCGCAGGGCUCCCUGGAAAAAAACCAUUGAUGAUGAAACUUUAUUUUGCGAGCCCCAGAUCCUUCACCAGGUCAUAAGCUCGAAGAGCAUUUUUGAUGGUUUAGAAAAACGUGAAAUACAAAGGGCGAGGAUUCAUUCCAAUCCUUUUGAAACAAUCAGAGGUGUAUUUUUUCUUAAUCAAGAUGCUGUAAAAAUGGCUAAUAUUGACAGAGCCUGCAAUUUCAUGUUCACUAAUCCAACAACUGCAAAUCCACAUGAGAUUCUCUACUUCGCCGACGUAUGCGCCGGUCCUGGGGGUUUCAGUGAAUAUGUCCUGUGGAGGAGGACGUGGCAUGCAAAGGGCUUUGGAUUCACCCUGAGGGACUCCAACGACUUUCAACUACAUGAAUUUUACGCUGGACCACCAGAAACUUUUCAUCCUUUUUAUGGAUCCAAGGGUGAUAGUAAUAUCUAUGAUCUGGAGAAUCAACUCGCCUAUCAACAACUUAUCAUGAACCACACCCAAGGACAGGGUGUUCACUUCAUGAUGGCUGAUGAAGGAUUUUCGGUUGAGGGAAUAGAAAGUAUUCAGGAGAUUUUGUCGAAACAGUUAUACUUGUGCCAAUGCCUGAUUGCCCGUAAGAUUGUGCGAACAGGUGGACACUUUGUUACUAAGUUGUUGGAUCUGUUCACACCAUUCAGCGUGGGAUUGAUUUACUUGCUAUACAGAUGCUUCGAAAAAAUAUCAAUUUUCAAGCCGAAUACUUCAAGACCUGGCAACUCUGAAAGGUACUUGAUUUGCGGGAAGAAGAAGAGUGAAAUUGAGGCUGUGAUCAACUAUCUUUCAUAUCCUACGGAAGUUCUUCUGAGGGUAGACGGGAACGGCGAUAUCAGGGAAUUGGUACAUGUGGAGUUGCUCCAAGAUGCCGAUAGCUUCCACAACUACAUUUGUAGUUCCAACAACGAUCUCGGAAGGUAA